GCAGACUUAAAAUAUGACAAAUCGAUUUGAUAGACUGUAAGUAACACUGACUACGAAUAUAUUCACUGAAAAAAAGCUAUGGGGAAAGUUACCAUACUCAUUUUUCUGUUCUGUGCAAUAAUUGGUGCAUACUCGGUCCAAGCAAGGGAAAUCAAAAAUGUCCAGUUUUCUUCGGAUGUUCAAGUUAGCGGCGUCGUAGAAGGGCCCAGGGGUCCCAUGCACAAAAGAGGUCUGGUAGGGACCCUCAUCCAUAUACUACUUUUUCCCGUUAGACUUGUAUCUAAGGCAAUUAAGGGAAUUUUAUGGCUGAUUGAGGAUAUCCUAUUGUUGAAGUUGCAUAUUAUAUCCAAGUUGUCUGAAAUAAUAUUUAAAAUCGUUGGGUCUGUUUUGGGUGUUUUUAAAAAAAUUCUAAAAGCCAUCUUGAAUAUAAUCACAGAGAUAGGAAUUAUUAAAAUUAACAUUGUUGCUUGGAUUCUUGAAGUAAGCCUUCACGUGUUGUAUAAAAUUACUUCUUUCUGGUUGCACAUAAAAAUUAUCUGCUUGAACUUUGUCCUUAAAGUUGUGCGGGUUAUCCAAAAGGCUGUAACAGAAGUUCUUGAAGCCAUUUUCAAGAUAAUAGGAAAAAUAUUAAAGAUAAUCGCCAACAUAUUGGAGCUCAUUCCUCCAAUAAAAAUAUGGCAUAAUUUACUAGUUUUUAGGGAAAACGAACUCGUAAGCAACCUGGAAAACUACGUUGGUAAAUUGAUUUAUAGUUUACGUCGUGCAAACCUGUAAUAAAAAUUAAAUGAAAUAAAGUGAUGUCUACUCAG